AUGUACUAUCCUGUGAGUAACGGCAAUGUCAUCGAUACCGGAACACCUACCCUGCUGCACAUGGUGGGGACGGGCAUGGCGAACCCGUUCCCUGCGGCGGCGGCGGCUGCUGCAGCGGCGGCUCAGUUCGCGGCCAACGGCGACGCGUUAGCCGGAGUGAAGGCCGAAACAGGUGCACCCACAGCACCGCAGCAGGCUCAACUGGUUAAAAGCGAAGGCCCGCCGCCACCGGCUCCGCUCCCGCCUGCCAAUUUCUCACCGCAACCUCCCCCACAACCGCACACACAGAAUUCCAUAGAAAAUCAAAACAAUAACUCGGUGCAGAGCGAGGGCGAGUCAACAGAGGAGAGCACGCCUGUGAGCGUGGCGGCGGCGGUGGUGGCGCAGCAGGCGGCGGCGGCGGCGCAGCAGGCGGUCGCCGCGCACGCCGCCGCGGCCGCCGCGGCCGCCACCGCUAACGCCGCCUCGGACAAGAGCCUCGUGCCCGUCUCACAAGCCUCCCAGCCGAAGAGACUACACGUCUCCAACAUACCCUUCCGCUUCAGAGAUCCCGACUUAAGAAAUAUGUUCGGCCAAUAUGGAACGAUACUUGAUGUAGAAAUUAUCUUCAAUGAACGCGGCUCGAAGGGAUUCGGUUUUGUAACAUUCGCAAAUAGUGGUGAUGCGGAGCGAGCACGAGAGCGUCUUCACGGCACCGUGGUUGAGGGCAGAAAGAUAGAGGUUAAUAAUGCUACUGCGAGAGUACAAACAAAGAAACCACCAACGGUCCCCAACGUGUGCGUCCAAUGGCCGGAAGCCGUGCUGCGCGCCCGCGCGCCCCGCGACGCCGCGCACCACGCCUCACCCGCCCCGCACGCCCCGCACGCCCCACACGCGCUCGCGCACCUGCUGCCGCGCGCCUACGCCUCGCCGCUGCACGCGUACGCGCCUGUCUAUUACGACCCCUUCCUAGCGGCGGCAGCGACGGCGGAUUCCAAUUAUAGACUACAGUUAUAUGGGCAGGCUGCAGCGGCAGCGGCUGCGGCCGCGGCGCCGCUGCUGAAGUCGCCGCUGACGUCGGCGCAGCACGCGGCGGCGGCGGCCGCGGCCGCCAACUACGGCGCCGCCGCGCGCGCCGCCGCCGCCGCCGUCAGCGCCGCGCCCGCGCCCACGCUCGCCCCGCUCGCCACGUACGGCAGAGAAUAUGCGGAUCCAUAUUUAGGUCAUGGCAUCGGACCGGUCACAGGCUAUGGGACGGCAGUGUACAGAAGUGGCUACAACAGAUUUGCGCCGUACUAA